CAGUUCAACCUGGGGAGCGCAGCGGAGUGAACGCUGGGCCGAGUGUUGAGCGGUUAAAUAAGAAAAGUGCCUGAAAAUCCCAGCUAGUGUUCUGCGCCAGCUACUUCAUUGCCAGCUGCGGACCAGAGCGUCGAGUCUGCCCCAACGACUCUAGUGUGUGCCCGUGCCUGUGCCUGUGCCUGCCUCCAUCCUGAUAAGCAGCCCGUCGACAGCCCCGUGUAAGCCUAACAUAUGGCCAGCCAGCAUCGAUGCCAGCCCUCGGCACUUCAUAUGGUGUGCCGAUUAUCAUGGCAAGCAAUGUAAAACAACAACAGCAAGAUCAAUGCACAACCAGUGAAGCGCCGAAGCUACAGCGAGUACGAUCAGUAGUCGAGGGUCGACCGUGCGGACCCGUGGGAUGCCAAGAUUGGCCUAAACAGCAACAAAAAGAACAGGAGACGCCGCUCCAGGUGCAGCAACAACGACAGCCGCCGCGCCAGCACGAGCUACUGCAUCAUCCGCGCAAGCCGCACCCGGCACUCACCGCUCGUGGCCGCCUGCUAGUCAGUGAGGGCGCACGCCGGCGGGAGGUGCGGGGCUGUGGCCGAGCCGGUGCCGAGGGUGGAGUCGUAGUUGGCGGCGGCGGCGGUGGCCUGUUGUGCUGCAGCCUGGACGCGCUGAAGCGGCCGGCCAAGCUGCUGCAAUUCGGCUUUCUGCUACUGAUCCUACUGCUCGCCAGCCAUGGAGAUCUUGUCCAAGCGGAGGGCAAUGUUGGCUGCCAGUUUGUUAGGACGCUAUGCGUACCGCGCUCCGAGGUCUGCUAUGAUGACAAUAUCUUUGGCAAGUGCAUCCCUACCACCGGUGUCGAUGUUGAGGACAUUGAGAAGACACCCCUCACUGAGGAACAGUCUCGUCUGCUGGCCACCAUGCUGGAGGAGCUCCAGGGCGCCGGCUUAGGCUGGGACCAUCCGUACGUGCAGUGCCGCAUCCAGGGAGCGCUCUUCACGCUGCAACGAGAACAGCAGCUGCCUCCCAAUUUGUGCGCAAACCUGGCGCCGGUACCACCAGAGUUUGGGGAUCCGGCCAGUGCCAUGGCCUAUGUGCGGUUCACACCACCCGAGCCGGAGACCGAUGUGGAGUACUACGAGCAGCCGAGUCAGGCGCAGUUCUAUCCGAAGCUGCACAAGAAGCAGUCACCGGAUGCCGUCGGGGAUGAUGUCUACCUGGACAGCGUGCUGCAGCGUCAGCAGCAGCAGCUGCAGGACCGACGUCGACUGCGUCACGAUCCCUUGGAACUGGAGCACUUUGGCAAGCUGGAUGGACAUGGGCAUGGGCAGGGCAUGGCGCAGCUGGAGACGCCAAGUAUAAUGGACGCCUUCCUGGACACCGAGCGGCAGCGCGAAGAGCGCGAGCAGCAGUUGCGGCUGGACGAGCAGGAUGCGGAUCGGAAGGCGGAGCAACAGAAUCGGAUGGAACUCUACCAGAUACUGGCCGCAUCCGAGCCCGAUCCGCAGCCGUAUCAGCGCAAGCCGCAGCCCAAUGCCAUGGACCAGCUGGAGGCAAUGGUCGAGCAGCAGCAGCAGAAGGAGAAGGAGCAGCGGGAACUGAAGGAGCAGCAGGAACAGCAGCAGCAGGCGGCCAAGGCUCCUGUUUACGUGCCCGAAGAGGUCAACGAGUCCAGCGAGCUCUACUUUCCGGAUAACUUUGCACCCUUCAAGCGGACCAGGGGACGUGCACGACAAUACGUUCCUGUCGCAGCUGAGGAGGCGGAGCUGGCAGCUGCACAGCCUCCGAAAAGUUCAUUCUUCCGAGAGCUUGCUGAGGAGCAGGGCCUUGUCCAGGAGCCGCUGACUGUGCGGCAUGCCGAGCUGGAUGCUGUGUCCGAGCUGUCGAAGCGACGCCCGCCGGCCUUCAGUCAGCUGGGGCCGAACGAUGUGAGCUCCCAGGAGCAGGGCCUGGCCUUCGACUCGAGUCUGUUGCGCAACUCCCUGACACCCAUUGAGGAGGAGGCAAUGCUGGCAUCGAAUAGCUACCCACCGCGUGCCAACAACCAACGACUCUACACGGAGGGUGGACUGCUGCUCAUGCCGCAGGAUGGCAUGCAAGCUGACGAUCCGCGUGCUCUGAAGAAAACGCUGCUGGCCAACAUGCUGGGCUUUGCGCGCCACGAGCGACUGGAUGUGAAGAAGCCGGGUCCACAACUGGGACCACCCCAAGCACCGCUCGUGGGUGUGGAUGGGAGCAGCAAUCAACUGGAGACGGAGAAGCAGGCGCAGGGCAAUAAGGAGGUGCUGCCCGCACACAUCAAGGGCAGCGACGAGGAUGAGGCACACAAGAAGAAGAAGGUCGUUAAGGAGCAGCACUCAGCAGAGGAUCAUGCGCCGCACACCGUAGACACUGAAUAUGCACAUGUGUUCGUCAAGAACCCAAUCGACAGUUGGUACGAUGGGCAGCGCAUAAUGAAUGAGCUGGCGCAGAUACUACACAUGCAGGGAUACUUUUCUUAUUUAACCGUUCAACCACACGAAGUCAGCUUCCGGGUGAACUCAGACAAUCCGGAACGCAAGACAGCCGGCGAUGUGGCACGCAUUAUCAAUGAGAACCGCGGCGUCAAGAACAACAUACAGCGACGCGUUGGCUUCUAUGUGCUGCAUGCCGGGGUGGGUGACAAGGUCAAGGAUCUGCAGGACCCAAGUGUUUCGGCCUCACGCAUUGAGCUGGCCGAGCAGGGUCCGGAUGUCACCCACAUCAUGGCCUACAUGUUCGCCGGAGCCGGGGCGGCUGCGGUGAUCGUGAUCUUUGUCACCCUGAUCCUGAUCAAGCGCCACGAUCGUAAGCGCGACAAGCUGGGCGGCCUGCAGUCGGGCAUGGCCGGUUCGGAGACCUGCAGCAAGGACUACCAAGAGCUGUGCCGCGCCCGCAUGGCAGGUAAAAAUGGCAGCGGCGGUGGCAGCUCAGCGGGUGGUGCAGCUGGAGCAGCGGAACCAGCACAAAGUGGACGCAUCACAUCGCUGAGCAAGGAGAACGAGAGCGGCAGACCACCGUCCUCGCGCUCCAGCACAUCAUCCUGGAGCGAGGAGCCCGCGCUGACCAAUAUGGAUAUUUCCACAGGACACAUGGUGCUGUCUUACAUGGAGGAUCACUUGAGGAACAAGGGACGUCUGCAGCGUGAAUGGGAGGCCUUGUGUCGCUAUGAGGCUGAGCCAAGUGCUCGAGAGGCCGCCUCCCAGCCGCAAUGUGUGGGUCUGAAUCGACCUGGAGCUCCCCUGCCCUACGAUCACUCCCGUGUGGUGCUCAAUCAUUUGGCCAAUGCCGAGGGUCUGGACUAUGUGAAUGCAUCAACGAUUACCGAUCAUGAUCCUCGUGCACCCGCUUAUGUGGCUGCUCAGGGGCCACUACCCUCGACCCUGGCACACUUUUGGCAAAUGAUUUGGGAGCAGGGCGCCGUUGUCAUUGUCGCACUUUGCCGACUGCAGGAGAACGGAGAGGUGGCUUGUGCGCGCUACUGGCCGGAAGAAGGUGCCGAGGUCUAUCACAUCUAUGAAGUUCACCUAGUUAGCGAACACAUUUGGUGUGAUGACUACCUCGUACGUUCUUUCUAUCUGAAGAAUUUGCGCACAAGCGAAACUCGCACCGUCACACAGUUCCAUUUCCUCUCUUGGCCACAAAUGGGUGUGCCCGCACAGGCCAAGGCACUGCUGGACUUUAGACGCAAAGUGAACAAAUCCUAUCGCGGUCGUCGUUCCUGUCCCAUUGUGGUGCAUGGCAGCGCUGGCGCUGGACGUACUGGCGCCUACAUCCUGCUGGAUCUGGUGCUCGAACGCAUGAACAAGGGCGCGCGUGAGAUUGACAUUGCUGCGACCCUGGAGCAUCUGAGGGAUCAGCGUGCCGGCGUGGUGGCCACGCGGCAGCAAUUUGAAUUUGUGCUGAUGGCCGUCGCGGAGGAGGUGCACGCCAUACUCAAGGCGCUGCCGGCCAACACAUCGGGCGAGAAGCGAGAGCUGGACAAGGAUCCGGCAGUGAACAACGGCAGCAGCGCCAAGGAGCCGCUCAAGGAGGACAAGGCACAGGAGGCAGCCGAGGAGGAGGCGCCCACCAGCAGUGCCAAGGCAGCAGCAGCAGCAGCCAAGGAGAAGGAGAAGGACAAGGAGCAACCCAAGGCGGCUGAGCAGAAGCAGAAACCGCCAGCCAAGCAGCAGCAGCAGCAGGCAAAGAAGUAAAUCGAUCGAUCAGGAUCAGGCGAGGAUCGGGUUGGAAGGAGUAACCUCAGGUCAAACAUAUGAUUGUCGCAGCGUUUCGGGGGGUCUUUUUUCGUUGUAGUUAGAGAACUUUUUGGAUCGUUGUGUUUUGCGUUUUUCCCUCUUAUGAUUUGGCGUGAGCAUUCGGAAGGUACG